AUAGUUUUAAAAAAAUUAGGUUCUGAACAAGAUUUAUCACAACUUGAUUUAUUACCAAAUGAAAAUAUAAAAAGUUGUGAUAGACAAAGUAUAAUGACUAAAAUAUAUAAUUCUUUAAUGUUAAAAGUCAUUGAUGACGGCUUAGAAAAUAACUUCAGUUUGCAAAUGUGUCCUAGAGUAAAUAAAUUUGAAUAUGUAAUUGAACAGAUUGCAUCCCAAAGAAAUAUGUUCAAAAAUGAAGCCAAGUAUUGCAGUUUUUUAUAUAAUAUGUAUAUAACAUUAUACAUUAAUCCAGAGCCAAUCCUUUUGCAGAUGCUAAAUUAUGAAGAGUAUCCCAUAGCAAAACAUUUAGGGUUUUGCGGUCGGGUGUAUGCACAGUCCUAUAUGGGUGAAACAAUUAAUAAAUUCUACUCUUCAGAUUGGAAAAAAAGAGCUAAUAUUACAAUUCAAUUACUUAAUGCUGCUUUUGUAUUUACAUUCAAACACGAAAUGUUUAGGAUAUAUUUAACUGAUAUUUCAAUGGAUAAUAUAGCUGUAUCUAAGAGUGGAAAAGUAUCCUACAUUGAUCUCGAACAUAUUCUUUUAGUAGAUAAACAGUUUGAAAAUGUAUUUUCAGUGAGCUAUAGCAAAUGGUACAAUAACCACACAAGUGAGAUUAUAAAAUGUGAUAAUAAAGAUUGCUUUGCAUUUUCGCCUACAGAUAUAUGUUCACAUAAUUUAAGUGAUCAUAAUAUUUAUAUGACUUGUGAGAUGCUUUUAAAUGAAUCUCAUAACUAUCUUCAUGGAAUUCCAAAAGAAAUUAAUGAAAGAUUUCCAAAUCUAGUCGACCUAUUACAUGACUGUGUCAAUCCUUUUAGAGCCAAUGUUACAAAAUCGAGAUUUUCUGUAAGCUUAGAAAUAAAACAUAUGUUAGAAGAAAGUAUACAAAUAUUGUCAUCUACUUAG